AGUGGCCAUCCAUUGACAAGCUCCUACACGCCAGAAAGGAGGCUAAAAUGGAACCUGAGGUCUAUGAAGCCGCAGAUCCAGGUUUCCAUCAGCAAAACAGAUCCAGCGCUCCUCAGUGGCCAUCCAUCGUCAAGUUCCUUCAUGCCACGAAAGAGGAUGAAACGAAACCCGUGGUCUAUACCGCCCCAGAACCAGGUUUGCGUCUUCAAAGGAGACUACCUGCACGACAAACCCGAACUCGUCAAAGGCGUGGCGAAAAAAGACAACGGACUUCAGGCUGCAGCUCUGAGAAGUUUCAUUCACAUAUGUCAACCUUACUUUAACUUCCUUGAAACCACAGCCAGAACUUCGAGGUUGUCCACUGAUACUAAGCAUGCACAGAAGUUGUUGGAGUUCUCUCAGGAACUGUGUGAUGUAUUGGAAAAUCUGGUGCAGACCUACGCCAGCCGCAAACUUGUCACUUUGGACGAGACAGAUCCUGACAAUCUGUCUCACUUCUGCAUCGGCCACAUAGAGAUGGCUAAACUGAGACUAAGCGUGACAGCGUUCCGCUACUGUCAGCCCAUGCCAUACCUGGUAAAUGAUAACACCGCCCUGUUCAAGCACAUGCGCUGGAACGUGGAGAGACUCGAUGGAGCAAAUGGACAAGCGACAAAGUACUACUACCUGUGCUAUGAGGAUAUUCCCAAUAGGCACGCAGAUGGCAGCAAAUUGGAUUCUGAAGCGGUGCGGAUGUGGUCUAUUGGUCAGUGGGUUCAGGUGAAGCCUGAUCCCUCCACAGAGAACAUCUUUGACUGGGUGCUGUGUGACGUUCCGGAGGGCGCCUUUGAGAAGCUGCUGUCUGUAGGCAAACAAGAGCCGUCCAGCCGCACAGCCAACGACCAAAUGCUGCAGUUGAUCGAGUCUCUGGAGAACAUUAACUUUCUGUUAGAUUUGAGAAUCAGUCAAGAGACUUCAGAAGAAUAUUAUUCUGGUGUAAACUACAAUAGUUUUGGACCAGGGGCAUAUGCAGGAUAUUUGUCAUGUGAGGAAAACCCAAAAUAGGAUCUCUCCAUAAGCAGAACUUGUUUAGUUAGACUGGCCGUUUUACAUUGUUUGCAAAAUUUAGCCACGAUACUUUGUCUAGUAAUAAUUAACAUUAUGCAUGUUUGUGGUGCUCAGUCUUUGAUAUUUUGGUCAUUGUGAAAAUAAGAGUUUGUAAAA